UUUUCUCGAAUUUCGUCUGUUUACCAUCUCGUUUCCUAUUCGCCAAAAUACCAAAAAUCUUUUUCAAUUGGCUCAGAUCUGAGCCUACACCACGUCAGCAGUUUACGCCGACAUAGUCGCCACUCAACAACUUCCACCCGGCGGCACCGACGGACUCGAGUAGCUUUACCUGCUGCUUCCAGCUAUACCGCGACAGCUAUCUCCAUCGUAUAGUCAACCGUCUAGCGCUUCACCUGUUCUACCCAGCACUGUGGAAUACCGAUCCUUUUCGACGCAUUUUAAGACUGAAUUAUGACCAGCAACGACGGUAUGAGGUCUACCUUGCUACGCUUCGAUCUCUUCUUCGCCGGCGCCGAUGUAGCCAUGCAGAAGCGGCUGCAGAAGGCGCUAGACGUGGUGCGCAGUGCCAUUGACAUUUUCGGCUUAGAGGGCGUCUGCUUCAGCUUCAACGGGGGAAAAGACUCGACCGUCGUGCUGCAUCUGCUCCGCAUUGUGGUCGCCAAGCGCGUGUUAGAGGAAGCGCAGCUGGCGCACUUAAAGGCCGAGCAGGAGGCACUAGACGGCCCCAAGACGACUGUUACAUCGCCGCGGAACAGUUUUGUCUCGGCUGACAUACUGCAGGAAGAGGAGCUGGAAGCUCGUGUCAAGGCGCAAUUGCAGCGCGUUCCGGUCAUGUAUUUCGACUCGUACGACCAAUUCCCGGAGGUGCGGGAGUUCACAGAGGAGUGUACCAAGAAGUUUGCGCUCAGUUGUCACGUAUACAAGUGCUCGUUCGUGGAGGGCGUCAAGGACAUCUUGGACAAGCUCAAGAUCAAAGGCAUCUACAUGGGUGUGCGUGGUGGAGACCCGUAUACAGAAGACAUGGAGCACUUUUCGCCGAGCAGCCCUGGCUGGCCUCCUUUCCUGCGUGUGAACCCCAUCUUGAAGUGGACGUAUGACGAUGUGUGGAGCUUCCUGCGGGACUGCCAGUUGGAGUAUUGCUCGCUGUACGACCACGGGUACACGUCGCUAGGAAACAUUUUCGAUACGGUGCAGAACCCAGAGCUCUGGAGGAAGGGCGAGGACGGUAAAGAGGGAUACUACCUGCCAGCAUACGAGCUCAAGGAUGGCAGCUCUGAACGCUGCGGACGGCAGAAGAAGGCGCACACGACAUCAAAAUCUGAUUAAGAGAUGACGAGAGACUUGUAGUGACUCCAAAUCAAUAGAAACAGAAGAGAAAACUAGCUGCACAUGUUCACAUGCUUCUUGAUUAAUGAAAGCGUCGGGAUCGAGAUGGCGAGCGUGAGCGAUUUCUAGAAGCUGGGGAUGGAGAGGAUGACCGGUGACGAUGACGACGGUAUCGGGUGGCAGGAGAGCGCGACCGACCACGAGAGUCCUUGGCCGAGCUCCCACGCCUGUGACGAUCAGCUGGUGAGCGUGAACGAGAUCGGGAUCGUCCGCUGCGGUGUCGAUGCGAAUGAUCAGCGGCAUCUCGGUCUCUUCUCGGCGAACGCGAGCGAGAUCGUGAGCGCGAAUGACGCCCUGCAUCCUCUCGGUGGUGGCGACGGUGACGCUGCUUGCCAUCUUCCUCGUCCGAAUCACGAGUGUGGCGUUUCGCUUUCUUCUCCUUCUUGCGCUCUUUCUUUUCUCUCUUCUUCAGUUUCUUCGCUGCUUUUUCAGCUUUGCGCGCUUCCUUCCGCACCGCCUUCGCCUCACUCUCCGUCAUCUCCUUGUUGAUUGUUCCUGGGAGCGCAUACGUCGUAUCUGCUUUGCCACUGA